UCACUUCGGAUAAGAUUAUCAUUGAACAAAGUGUUUAUAAAGAAAAGAAAGAUGGCGUGUCUACCGUUCAACAAUCUACUUCAACUGAGAAGGUCCACGAAAUUGUAUCGAAUCAAAAAGAUGAUGGUUCUCUACAAUUGACCGAUACGGUUUCUAAGGAGCUCACUAAUAAAGGUACCAAAUUACCGGAAAGCAAUUCAAUCAUUGAAACUGCCGUGACCUUAUCUUACCUCCAAAAAACAUCAUCCGCGGAUUCAUCACCAGAAGUAAAACAGAAAUUCGAAAAGGCGAAGCAAUAUUUAAGCACUCACAUAAAAGACGAGAAAGUGGAAAUAGAAUUAUUAGAAAAGACCGAUAAAAUUGUUGUUGAUCAUGCAACAAAGAAAGUAGUUAAAGAAAAAGCCCACAAAGUAGUACUCGAAAAGGUGCAAGAAACCGUAACCGUAGAAGAGGAAAUAAGUACCGAAGACAUCACUAAUUCAGCUCAUGAAAAAAAUAAUAAACAGAGCAUUGAAAAGCAAAUAAUUCGACAGCUGAAAUUGAAUCAUGGUUUAUUCUUGAAUGAAUAUGGCAUACAACCUAGUCAACAGGCUAUUUUUAAGGAUGAUGGUAAAUUAAGAAUAAGUUCAUAUAACGAGCAACCUAUAGUAUAUACAAAUAUAAAUGAUCCUGAUUCUACCGAACAAAAUAAUUUUAAUAAUGUUUUACAACCAUUUGAUGCAUGUAUUAAUUUUCCGAUUGCUGAAAUUACUUUUAAUGGUAGUUUGUUGGAUUCUUUUGCGAAUAACAACGAAAAUUUAAAUGAAUCAUUUGGUCAAUUUUUUGUAAAGAAUGUUUCAGUUGGUGAUAAAUUAUUUAUCAAGGGAUAUAACACAGCUACACAAACACAAGUUGACCUCUUAAAGUUUUAUUUAUUAUGUGUUUAUAAUUUAGCUAAAUUUCAUAACACAUUUUCUCCACUCAAUAACUUUUCCGCUUUUCAAUUUCUAAGUAUAGAAACAUUGGAUGGAAAAGAACUAGAUACUCCUAAAAAGUUGGCAGAUUGGAUGAAAGAUUUAUAUCAAAAUAACAACUUUGACAUAAUUUCUUAUGAUAAUCUCAUUCCUAUUUCUCAAUUAAAACGCGACGAACUUUCAGAAAUUAACCUUGAAGCUCCAAUAGAAAAGCAGCCUGGAGUUGCUAAUUUUAAGGAGAAAUUAAGUUUUCAGUCGUGGACUAGAAAUGUUAUUGAUGUUGAUUUAGCAAGAUGGAUUAAAGUUCUUCCUCAAUGUCUAGUGAUUAAUAAUAAGUCAUAUAAAUUGGAAACGAGCAAAAAAUUUGCGGCUAAUUUCAUCAAAGUACCCAAUAUAAAAUCAAGCGACAAAUCUUAUUUAGAAUUCAGACCAACGACAAAAGUGGAGGAAGAAUUGAUGAUCAAUAAUAUCUUUUCAAUUAAAGAUUUAAGCUCAUUUCCCUUUGUUGAUAGGGUUAUUGAGUCUGAUGAUUCAAGUUAUGACGAAUAUAAUUUGCUCGUCAAACUUGAAAAGUAUGAAAUCCUUAUAAAUAGGGAUCAUGUUAAACCUUCAAUAGAAUUUGUGCAAGCUAUAAACGAUGCACUUGAAAGUGUGGAACCAUUUGAAGAUUUACAAGUUGUAUUUGAAGAAUAUGGUCAUUUGUUUGCUCAAAAAAUUAUUUUGGGAAGGAUUUUUAAAAGGAAUGUACCAAAUGCUGUUACUUGUAAAAUUGAUUUAACAUCGCCGAUAGUUGAGUCUUUAGAACCAUAUUUAAAUAAGUUAAAUAUUCCAUAUCUUUUAACGCAGCAAGGAAAUAUCAUUGAAAAAAAUGAACUAUUUGAUUUGAUACAACAUUUUGAUUCGAUACAACAUUUAAAUGAUUUGGAAAUCAUUGAAUUAGAUGAAAUCAUUCCUCUUUAUAAAAUUCUUGAUGAACAGCAACAAAGUAAAAUUGAUAUUAUUUUAAAUUCCAUUGACUCUACUCAUGAUAAGAUAA